CACAUCUCUAAUCAAAUACCAUCACGUCGAAAUACAGCAAAAUUCUGUUGGUAAACAUAAGCAAAAUUAAGGCUGGCAAUUAAUGCGGCAGCAUGCAACCAGUUGAUUACCAAUUUGCAAGCAUAGUCAACCUGGCCGAAAGCCUGCUGAAUAGAUUUGGGGCCGAUUCGCAUAGAUAAGCGAGUAACAAGCAUCUACAGCUGCUGUUGAGUCAUCACCUUUUAGCCAAAUAAGCCAAAAAAGGCUAACAGCCGUUGGCCAGCUAGUGAUAAAGCCCCAGAGCACACACACACUUGCCCACACCCAGCGACUCAAAAACCCGAAAACCAACCCAUUUUGGCAACAUUCGCAAUGGAGGACUACAAGUUCCUGUUCAAAAUCGUCCUGGUGGGCAAUGCUGGUGUUGGAAAAACCUGCCUGGUGCGCCGCUUUACUCAGGGCCUAUUUCCACCUGGCCAGGGUGCCACCAUUGGUGUGGAUUUCAUGAUUAAGACGGUGGAGGUGGAGGGCGAGAAGAUCAAGCUACAAAUCUGGGACACCGCCGGCCAGGAGCGGUUCCGAUCCAUCACGCAAAGCUACUAUCGAUCGGCUCACGCCUUGAUCCUGGUGUACGACAUCAGCUGCCAGCCCACAUUUGACUGCCUGCCGGACUGGCUGCGCGAGAUCCAGGAGUAUGCCAACUCCAAGGUACUCAAAAUCCUGGUGGGUAACAAGACAGACAGGGAUGACCGAGAGAUUCCCACCCAAAUUGGCGAAGAGUUCGCCAAGCAACAUGACAUGUACUUCUUGGAGACAUCCGCCAAGGAGGCAGAGAAUGUGGAGCGGCUGUUCUACGAGAUUGCCGCCGAAUUGAUUGGUCAGGCAAGGAGCAAGGAUGGCAGUAGUUCGGCCGCAGCGGCAGCCGCCCAGCGUCAGUCGGAGGGCAGCUCCAUCGGCCUGGGGAGCUUCAGUGCCAAGGCAGCACAGAGUAAUUGCUGUGGCGGACUCGCCAGCGGCGGCUCCAACUCUAGUCAAGGCGGCUGAGCAGCUGAAAACUGAACUUGAAGCUGAGCAGCUAAUAUGUAACUUGUUAAGGACUAAUCGUGAUAUUCCAUUUAUCUUUUAUUACCACAAUGCUCCCACAUUCUAACACAUACAUAUGUUCAAUUUUGUUUUUAUAAGUAUGAUUAUGACGUGAUCGUUUGCCCUUGUAACGAUUCCUAUUAGAUUGUUAAAACACUUUGGCUACAAAUACCUUUAAAUGUAAAAGUAUUUAGAGCAAUUCUCAUCGCUUUCACUAAACUACGCUAAUAACGAACAUUUAAAGUACAAUGUGCAAACGGAUCUGGAAACUGUGCAGCUAAUCUGUUAUAGUUAAACGCUUAUAUUCUGUUGAUGCUUAAAGGUUUAUUCUUUUAAUUACAAGACUAAAAAAUUGAUUAUUCUUUGAUUAACUCUGUACCCCCUUUGGUUUACAGAAAGCAAUUGAUUGUUAAAACUAAUUUACUAUUUAUCACGAUUAAGAUCCUAUCGGAAACUAGCUGUCAAUGACUAAGGAUGCUAAAUAUUUGUGUUACAAGAACUCCAUUGGAGGUGUUUAAAACCGCCUGAUUUUUUUGAUUUGUAUUAUAUAGACGUAUGUAUUGAUCUGAUUAUGGAUCGUUUACCAAGUGAGCAUCACAGCCAAUGCUACGAAGAAUUUAUGAUAUCAAAAAUGCUAUGCACACCAUUUAGUUUAUUUUUAUUGAUUCCUAAGGAGUAUUGCAUGUUUUAUACAUUACAUUUUUUGUAUAAAUAUACAAUUUAUGCAUAUUUA